AUGAGGAGCAUAUUGGAAGAGUCGAUGCUGGAAACGCGCAGUAUGCCUCUCGAAAAUCGACCACGACUUCCCCGCAUACCCCUUAGCAAGCGAAAUCGGGCUGUCGUGCGGGCUCUUAACCCAAUGCUGGUGACCUAUUUGGAAGUCAGCCGGGACCUUUCCGAAACGGACUCAAUUCUUUUUGGCGCCGCACUGACAGUAUGCCAUAUUAUUGGCGCCAAAACUCCCGUGGCUGGACGUGCUACCCAAAAAAGUAGCGCCAUCCCAGCCUGGAGAAAAAGAAUUGAGGACCGUAUCGCAAAGGGUAAUAAUAGACCGAGAGUUUUGCGCACCGUUAGAAUGGCGUUUGCUAGGACAAAUUUUAGUUUUUACCAGCCGGAUAUCACGCAAAAACUAACGGAGCGCGUAGAUGACCUGAAGCAAAAAAUCGCUGCUUUGGGGAAACGGAUUCGACGAUUUAGCGAGAGGUCAAGGCGGUUCAACCAGAAUCGUCUCUUCCAGAGUGAUCAGAAGAAGCUCUAUAAAUCAUUGGAGUGA